AUGCCAGACGUUGCGAUGAAUAGCACAUUCUUUGGUGACGAUGAGCUUAACCGCUUCAAGAGAAGUCGCCUGAUGUUGUUCCACAGGACCUACGCCGACGCCCAUGGCUACGUUAGCGUGUGUGUGUGCAUCUUCGGGAUUGUAACAAAUCUCUUCAAUAUUACCGUUCUGACGCGUAAGCACAUGAUGACACCGGUUAAUCAAAUCCUUACGUGGCUAGCUGUUUCUGACAUUCUAACCAUGAUGUCAUACAUUCCGUUCGCCUUUCACUUCUACUGUCAAUGGACCGAUCGAGCCGAGCAGCUACACGAACGCAACAGUUAUGGCUGGAUGAAUUUCUUAGUGUUUCAUAUCAACAUCACGUCAACCACGCACACUAUAUCGAUAUGGAUGUGCGUAAUAUUGGCCAUCAUUCGAUACAUCCACAUUUCGAACCCAACAAAGACGAAUAGCUUUCGAAUAAGACGGAUCAAGCAAACCCGAUUUCUGAUAAUAAUAGUGUAUAUAUCAUCAGCGGUUGUGAUGAUUCCGAAUUAUUUAAGCAACGAACUUCACGAGGCGUCACAAGGCAAUACAACUAUAUAUUAUCUUGAAGAUCUCAAGCUAGGACGCCCAGGUACGGAGACCACAGUUCUCAUUAACGUUUGGAUGUAUGCAAUGAUUGCUAAGUUAAUCCCGUGUCUGCUUAUGUCAAUAUUUGGCGGUUUGUUGGUGUACAAUAUUUAUUUCAAAAUUCACCACAGUCGGAAGGUAUUGCAAUUAUUGGGUACUAGUAGUAUAAGAUUAUCAGAACAUUCUCGUACGACGAAAAUGUUAAUAGCUGUGAUAACGUUAUUUAUAGUAACAGAACUCCCACAAGGCGUUUUAAUUGUGUGCAGCGCGUGCAUUGAUAAUUUUUUCGACAUGGUGUAUCAACCUUUAGGCGACGUCAUGGACAUUAUGGCAUUGGUUAAUAACUCGAUUAAUUUUGUUCUCUACUGCUCAAUGAGUACACGAUUCCGCCAAACAUUUGUAAAUUUGUAUUGUUGUGCUUGACCCUAUAUGAUAACUACUUAUUCCAAUGUUAGAGCAUUGGUUUGCAUGAGGUAACAGCGCUUUUACUCGAACAUUACCAAAC